AUGAAUGCUCUUGUCAGAGACAAGCACAUUCGUUUAGGUAAUGUCAGAACUUUUGUUAUUGAUGAGUGUGACAAGGUUUUGGAAGCUGUUGAUAUGAGACGUGAUGUCCAAGAAAUCUUCCGUUCCACUCCCCACCAAAAGCAGGUUAUGAUGUUCUCGGCCACUCUUUCCCAAGAGAUUCGUCCUAUCUGUAAGAGAUUCAUGCAAAAUCCUUUGGAGAUUUACGUCGAUGAUGAGACCAAGUUGACUCUUCACGGUUUGCAACAGUACUAUGUCAAGCUUGAAGAGAAGGAGAAGAACCGUAAGCUCAACGAUUUGCUCGAUAACCUCGAGUUCAACCAGGUUAUUAUCUUUGUCAAGUCGACCCACCGUGCCAACGAGCUCAACAAGUUGCUUAAUGAGUGUAGUUUCCCUAGUAUUGCUGUCCACAGUGGUAUUCCUCAAGAAGAGCGUAUCCUCCGUUAUAAGUCAUUCAAGGAGUUCAACAAGCGUAUCUGUGUCUCUACCGAUGUUUUCGGUCGUGGUAUCGAUAUUGAGCGUAUUAACUUGGCUAUCAACUACGACCUUCCUCCUGAGGCUGAUCAGUACCUCCACCGUGUUGGUCGUGCUGGUCGUUUCGGUACCAAGGGUCUCGCUGUUUCAUUUGUUUCUUCUGAAGAGGAUACUAAGGUCCUUGAGAAGAUUCAAGAGCGUUUCGAGGUUAACAUUGCUCCUUUCCCUGAGGAGGGUGUUGAUCCUUCCACCUACAUGAACACCUAA